UAUUAGUUAUAAUGAAUAAAAUGAAGAUACAUCAAAGGAUAAAAAGUUGAUAUUAAAACAAAAUUUAGAAAGAAAUACACUCACCCACCCGUCUCUGUUGCUCACACUCAAAAUUUUAAAAACUGUUAUAACCUAUUUCUCCCCACCAUUGCACUCCACUUGAACAUAAACAAAUACUUAUAAACAACCAUAUAAAAAUUCCGUCUUCCUCCUCACAAACAUCAUGGUCUAGCUGUUUCUUGGAUCCGGAGAUUCUGGCUAUUUUAAUUUCCUCAAAAAAACUCAUUCAUUUAUAUAUUUUAUAAACAAAAAAAUGCAGUAACCCAACAAGACAUGAUUUGGUUCCUUCAUGUUGUUCCUCCCUAGGCUCAAAUCAAUCAAAAAACCUUUUCUUUCAUUGGAGUUUGUAGCAUAGUUGUAGUAAUGCCUGUAAAUCCAUGGAUCCUUUUUUUCUUAUCCAUUUUCCUUUUAUUUCCAUACCAUUCUUUUCUAACUUUUGCAGUAAACCCACAAGGGGAAUCUCUUCUUUCAUGGAAGAGAACCUUGAAUGGAUCCUUGGAGAUGUUAAGUAACUGGGACCCAAUUGAAGACACACCAUGUAGCUGGUUUGGAGUGAGUUGCAACAUGAAGAAUGAAAUAGUACAAUUGGAUCUAAGGUAUGUGGAUUUGCUUGGAAAACUUCCAACAAAUUUCACCUCAUUGCUCUCCUUGACAAGUCUCAUCUUAACCGGAACAAACAUCACCGGUUCGAUCCCCAUAGAAAUAGGCAAUCUUGUUGAACUUGUUUACUUGGACUUGAGUGACAAUGCAUUGAGUGGUGAAAUCCCAAGUGAACUCUGCUUCUUGCCGAAACUCGAGGAACUUCAUCUUAACUCCAACGAGCUCGUUGGACCGAUACCGAUCGCAAUUGGGAACCUCACAAAGUUAAUAAACAACAUGAAGAAUCUUCAAGUGAUAAGAGCUGGAGGAAACAAGAAUCUAGAAGGCCCUUUACCACAGGAAAUUGGAAACUGUUCCAAUUUAGUCAUGUUGGGUUUAGCAGAAACAAGCAUCUCAGGUUUCAUGCCACCGACACUUGGACUAUUAAAGAAGCUUGAAACAUUAGCCAUAUACACUUCUCUUCUCUCUGGUCAAAUUCCACCUGAACUAGGCGAAUGCACACAGCUUCAAAACAUUUACCUUUAUGAAAACUCACUCACAGGAUCCAUUCCAAACAAAUUGGGAAACCUUAAGAAUCUAAAAAACCUGCUAUUGUGGCAGAACAGUUUAGUUGGUACUAUUCCCCAAGAGAUUGGGAAUUGUUACCAGUUAACAGUGAUCGACGCGUCGAUGAAUUCAAUAACAGGAAGCAUUCCCAAAAGCUUUGGGAAUUUAACUUAUCUGCAAGAACUUCAAUUGAGUGUGAACCAAAUUUCUGGCGAGAUUCCUGCAGAAUUAGGGAACUGUCAACAACUGACUCACGUGGAGCUUGAUAACAACCUAAUAACAGGAACUAUACCUUCCGAAUUAGGAAACCUUGGGAAUUUAACGUUGUUGUUCUUAUGGCAUAACAAGUUACAAGGUAAUAUACCUUCUUCUCUUUCCAAUUGUGAAAACCUUGAAGCUAUUGAUCUGUCACAGAAUGCGUUAACGGGUCCCAUACCAAAAGGGAUUUUCCAGCUUAAGAAUCUUAACAAGCUUUUGCUUCUUUCUAAUAAUCUCUCUGGUAAAAUUCCAUCUCAGAUUGGGAAUUGUUCAUCUCUUAUUCGAUUCAGAGCUAAUGAUAAUAACAUUACUGGUACUAUUCCUUCUCAGAUUGGGAAUCUCAACAAUUUGAAUUUCCUUGACCUAGGGAAUAACAUGAUUUCUGGUGUUAUCCCUGAGGAGAUCUCCGGUUGCCGGAAUCUCACUUUCUUGGACUUCCAUUCUAAUUCUAUCGCCGGAAGCUUGCCGGAAAGUUUGAGUCAGCUUGUUUCUCUUCAAUUUCUUGAUUUUUCUGAUAACAUGAUCGAAGGUGCAUUGAGUGCUUCUCUCGGCUCGCUUGCCGCUCUAACUAAACUGGUUCUUCGGAAGAAUCGAAUCUCCGGUUCAAUUCCGAGUAAGCUCGGUUUAUGUGAGAAGUUGCAGUUACUUGACUUAAGCAGUAAUCGACUCUCCGGUGAAAUCCCCGGCAGCAUCGGAAACAUUCCGGCGCUGGAAAUAGCUUUGAAUCUGAGCACAAACCAACUCUCCGGCGACAUUCCACGUGAGUUUUCGGAUUUGACUAAACUCGGAGUUCUUGAUCUAUCUCACAACGUUCUAACUGGAAACCUAAAUUAUCUCGCCGGCUUAGAAAAUCUCGUGGUCCUCAAUAUCUCCUACAACAAAUUCUCCGGGCGCGUCCCAGACACGCAAUUCUUCGCGAAGCUUCCACUAAACGUUCUCGCAGGGAAUCCAUCGCUCUGCUUCUCCGGCAACCAAUGCGCUGGAGAAAGUAGCGAGAAAUCUAAACGGCGGGCGAAGGAAGCGCGCGUGGUCAUGAUUGUUCUCCUGUGCGCCGCGUGCGUUUUACUCAUGGCGGCGCUGUACGUUGUCGUCGCAGCAAAGCGACGCGGGGACCAUGAAAACGACGUCGAGCAUAAUGGAAAAGAUAGUGACGUGGACAUGGUCCCACCUUGGGAAGUGACACUGUACCAGAAGCUCGAUUUAUCAAUCUCUGACGUGGCAAAAUGUAUCUCUGCUGGUAAUAUUAUCGGGCACGGUCGAUCCGGCGUCGUUUAUAAGGUGAACAUGCCAGCAACGGGAUUAACCAUCGCAGUUAAAAAGUUUAGAUCAUCGGAGAAAUUCUCAGCUUCCUCUUUUUCGUCUGAGAUUGCCACGCUGGCACGAAUUCGUCACCGUAACAUCGUGCGGUUAUUGGGUUGGGGUGCGAACCGGAGGACAAAAUUACUGUUUUAUGAUUAUUUACCGAAUGGUAAUUUGGACACGAUGUUACAUGAGGGGUGUACAGGAUUAGCAGUUGAAUGGGAGUCGCGGCUUAAGAUAGCACUAGGUGUGGCUGAGGGGUUGGCUUAUUUACACCACGAUUGCGUUCCUGCUAUCUUGCACCGGGAUGUUAAGGCGCAGAAUAUUUUGUUAGGAGAUAGAUAUGAAGCAUGUUUGGCUGAUUUUGGAUUCGCUCGUUUCGUUGAAGAACCUCAUGCUUCCUUUUCAAUUAAUCCUCAGUUUGCGGGUUCUUACGGCUACAUUGCUCCCGAAUAUGCUUGCAUGAUUAAAAUAACUGAGAAGAGUGAUGUAUACAGCUUUGGUGUGGUCCUACUAGAGAUAAUAACAGGGAAAAGACCUGUUGAUCCAUUAUUCCCAGAUGGACAUGUUAUUCAAUGGGUUAGGGAGCAUUUAAAGAGCAAGAAGGACCCAAUUGAGGUUCUUGAUUCCAAGCUUCAAGGUCAUCCAGACACACAAAUACAAGAGAUGUUACAAGCACUUGGUAUCUCUUUAUUGUGUACUAGUAAUCGCGCCGAGGAUCGUCCCACCAUGAAAGACGUUGCAGCAUUAUUGAGAGAAAUUCGACACGACACUACAUCCGGUGCUGAGCCCCUCAAGCCCAAAAGAUCUGAAGCUUCGUCCUUUUCGUCGUCUUCUGUGACCCCGGCUCAGUUGUUGCUCCUCCAGUCAAAUUCAUCACAUUCCUCAUCCAUUGCUUAUUCCUCUUCCUCAGCUGCAGCAGCAUACCACUCACCAAGGAACCAAUCAUGAAUCUCAAGAUUAAUUGAAGAUAUUGAUUGCUGUGUUUCAGAGCAUAGAUAAGAUCUUGUUUAGAUUUAUAUGGAUUGAUUAGUUUUAUUAGUUGCAAUAGUUAACAUUAGUGUAAUCUGAGCAUUGUAAAUGUGCUCUGCAUAUUCUAAUCGAUGAAGAUAAGGCAAAGUUAGUUGAGUGUACAGCAGUUUAGUUAAUUGACAUAAUUCUAUUUCUUUUAUUUA